ACAGAGUUCGGGAGGCUCAUGCAGCAAGCCGUGGCCAUGAAGACGGAGAUGAUGAAGUCUGACAGGCGCAAGUACGACAGACUUCCCUCCUUCCUUCAGUCCUCCAUCUACCACAUGGAGAAGCUCAAAGACACGCGGUCGCUGCCUUUCCAGGGGAGGCUGGAGGCUGCGGAGAGCAUGAAGGAGGAGGGGAACCUGCUCUUCAAGGAGGAGAAGUUCGACAUGGCCAACAUCAAGUACGAGGAAUCUCUGUCUGUAUUCAAGUACCUGGAGGUGCUCGAAGGUCAUGAGGACUGGAAGACCAACGGCAAGGGGCUAAGGGAUGAAAUCUACCGGAUCGUGGACGAAGAUGGCGUUUCCUCGGGGCAGGAGGAGAUGAUAGAGGCGAUCAGCAGGCACAAGCAGUCGUGCUACCUCAACAUAGCGGCGUGCGCUAUGAAGCAGAACAACUGGCAGAACUGUGUGAGGGCAUGCGAUGCGGCCUUGGAGUUGGACCCGCAGAGCGUGAAGGCUUUCUACCGCAGGGCCCUGGCUCGCAUCACCCCAGCGUCCUCUGGAGCACACGAGCAGGAUCUUGCGCUGCAGGACCUCGAGCAGGCGUACGAGAUCGAUCCGACGAACGUCAAGGUCAAAGCGAAGCUGCUGGAACUGCGGAAACAGAUAGCAAAGCAGAAACACAACGACAAAGCCACGUUCUCGGGCAUGUUCGACAGAGGAACGAUCCAGUCCACCGCCACUGCUGCCAGCUCCUCCUCCAGCAACGGGACAGGGCGGUCCUCCUCAGGGCAGUCGCAGGUGGUCAACGAGGACACUUUCUCACUGCUGGAGAAGCAGCUGGAAGACGCUGAGCGCAUCGCCCUGGGGUAUAAGAACGCCGGAAAGCACGACAAGGCCGAGGCGAUGUUCAAGAGCAUUGAGGAGUCCCGUCAGAGGAUUGAGGCGGCGAAGGAGAGAGCGCAGGGCAACUUCACCCCUCUCGAGGAUGCGGACUUCGACAACCCAACGGAGGAGAUGAUUAACGAUGCGAAGAAGCAUGGGAUCGAUCUGACCGAUCCUGUUGUUCGUCGUUUCUGUAAACAGCUGCAGAAGGAGAAGCUGGAGAAAGGGAGCAUCUCC